AUGAACAACUUCUCAAACGUAUCAUACGUAUCAUCCACUUUGACACUGCAAGGCUUUGAUUUGUCUCCUGAGAACAUCCCCCCUGCAUUCUUUUUCGCAACACUGGGAUACAUUAUCAUUCUCUUCUGCAACCUCCUCCUUCUGAUCACCAUCAUUCUGAAUAAGAGCCUCCAUGAGCCUAUGUACCUUCUCCUGCUGAACCUGCCUAUUAAUGACCUCCUCGGCUCUACGGCCCUGUUCCCACAGAUUAUCAAGGACCUCUUUUUAGAAACGAGGACCAUCCAGUUUUCAACCUGUGUUACUCAAGCUUUCUUCAUACACAUCUAUGCAACAGCUGUGCUCUUUAUCCUCUUACUGCGCUUACCGCGGUGCAGGUCCCUCAUCACAAACACAUAUUGUGACAACCCUUCUCUUCUCCAGCUGGUCUGUGUAAACACAGCUAUUAAUAACAUAUAUGGCCUAAUGACAGUCGCUGUUUGUCAGGUCUUAACAGUAGGUCUAAUUGUGUUUACAUACCUCCAGAUUCUUAUUGCCUGCUUCAGGAACAAAAGGUCAGACACACGCAGCAAGGCGCUCCAAACCUGUGCCACACACUUAAUAGUCUUUCUCAUUUUUGAGUGUUUAGGCCUUUUCACUGUUAUUUCCUACAGAGACUGA